AUGCUAUCAGUAAAUCCACCUUCAGACUUUCUAGCCUUGCACGACGCCCCGGGGCUCCUGACGCCUCGUGCCUCGCCCACCCCGCGGGCCUCGCCCACCCCGCCGCCGAACUCCGCGGAGCACGCGGCGCCGGUGGCGCAGCCCGCGGCGCGGGCGAGUCGCGCGGCGACGCCGCGGGGCGCGGAGGGGUGGCGAGGGCUGCAAAGGCGGCUGGCGCGGAAAGCGGGGCAGGUCUCAGAGUUCCAGGAGCUGCCGCGGCUCUUGUUCGCCGCGGAGGAGGCGCCGGAGGCCUGGGCCUCUGCGCUGGAGAGUUGGCCGGAGGUGGCGAAGGCGUCGCACCGCCUGCCCGGGGCCUUCGCGAACGCUGACGCGCCGGCGGGGGAGGAGGUGCCCACGUUGGAGGAGCUGCUGCCGUGGAUCUCCGACGCCCUGGGCGCGGAGGUCGCGGAGGCGGAGUUCCCCAAGCCGCCCCGCUGCACGCUGAGCGUGUCCAGCCGGCCUGCAAGGCCGGCGCCUGGCUUGCAGACCCCCCCAGGCGUGCAGCUCAAGGCGUCGCAGCCGCGGAGCUUGAGGCAGCACCUGGACAAACUCAUGGCCUCGCUGCAGGGCGGCCUGGACGCGCGUCCGGAUUGGAUCGGCAUUGAUCGGCAGCCCAGGACCCUGGCGAGGCAGAACUACGACCUCUUUAAGGAUCCCUUUGGCGCGGCGGACGAGUUUACCUUGGCCACGAGCAAAGCCAAGCGGCGGCUGAACGGGAAGAAGAUCCAAGAGCAGGACUACGUGGAGUCUGCCAGGAGCAGCAAAGAGCCCUCCAAGGCUUCCAGUAGGAUGAGCCCCGGCGGCUCCGCGCCGGACUCUGUCCGGGACCAGCUUCUGGACAGGCUGGAGUAUCUUCACCACUGCCGGGACUCCAUGGGCGAGUCUCGCUUUGCACAAGAGCGGCAUCGCCUGGAGAUGCAGGCGCACCUCCGCACAGCGGAGAAGUACAGCGUGGAGGAGAAGCCUCCGGAGUUCCGCUUGGCCUUCUCCGCGCAAGCGCGCCGCUCCGCUUGGAGGGCUGAGAGCCGAUCGAGUCGGGCCAUGGCGAUGUCGCCGGCGAGCUCCCAUGACGCGGAGAAGGAGAAGAAGUUUAAGCCGCUGGAGAAGGAGCCCACCUUCAACUGCUUCGCCUCCAAAACCUCGUCGCUGCUCCCGGACGCCUUCUCUCAGCUGAACGCGGAGACCAGCGAGCACCGGUCGAGGAAGCGGAACCACCUGGGCGCCCGCGCUUGGUUUAACUCCCUGGUGGCAGUGAUGCUGAGCAUCAACACCGUGGUGAUUGGAAUCGAGACAGACUACUCCAGAGGUAGAAACCUCGAGGAUCGCUUGGUGUUCUUCACCAUUGAGGCCAUCUUCGCCGUGACCUUCUUCAGUGAGGUCGUCAUCAGGAUGCACCACCUGGGCUGGGAAUACGCCAUCGAUCCGUGGAACAUCUUUGACUACUCGCUGGUGGUCUUCAGCUGGACCGACGUCUUAGUCUCCGUGACGGAUACGGGCUCUGGUGGUCUGCGGCUGGCGGCGUCUCUGCGGCUCUUCCGGCUGCUUCGGGUGGGCCGAUCCAUCCGUGGUAUCAAGCUGCUUUCUGGCCUAUGGCUGGUGAUUCAGGGGCGGGUCCGGGAGCUGGGCGCGAGUGGAGCCGUGCAAGCGCUGCAAGCCGAAGCUGAGGUUGACAAAACCCGGAUGUACCUGGAGUCUCCUUCUGACCCUUUCAACAUGGUUGGUCAUUACCCGUAA